AUGGAAGAGGAUUCUGACGAUUGCGGUGUCUCCCGACCUAAGUUUACGAUAGGUGAUAUGGGUUCAAAUGAUAGUAUAGUUUUUGAUGAGAAGCUAAUGAAAACAUCCACUCAUGCUGAGGAACUGGCUGCCACGUGGGGUGGAAGGUGUUCGCUACCUGAUUCGAGUAGGUUAAGACGAGUUCACUCGUGGUCUGGGAAACCACCUGACGAUUCUGCGUCGAAGAUACGGAUUUUAAGAGAAAGAUUAGUGCGCACCCAAACCAAAGUAAGGCCGGGUGCGAUUCGUAAUUUUACUAGAUCUCAACGGCUUACACUUUUCUCUUUAGCAAUAGUUGACUUCAUGAGUUUCUGUUCUAUGAGUAUUAUGGCACCGUUCUUCCCAAGAGAAGCGACGGUCAAGGGCCUAUCGAAUACAAUGUGCGGAAUUGUAUUCAGUUUCUACGCAGUUAUUAUGUUUCUCACUUCGCCGUUUUUUGGGAAAUAUUUGCCAACAAUUGGUGUAAAAUUUAUGUUCACCGCUGGUUUGUUUAUGGCCGGUGCGUGUAAUGUUUUGUUUGGAACUCUAUCUCUCAUAGAAGAUACGACCACAUUCCUCGUACUAUGUUUCGUAGUUCGUGGCUUGGAGGCUUUAGGGGCGAGUGCGUACUCCACAGCCAGCUAUGUUUACGUGGUAAAUGUAUUCCCGGACACGAUUGGCUCUGUUUUGGGAAUUUUGGAGACUUUUGUGGGCCUCGGUAUGUCCGUCGGUCCAGCGAUUGGAGGAUUGCUGUAUUCGAUCGGCGGUUUUGGUUUACCAUUUUACAGUCUUGGAAUCGUGAUGGUAUUCACUGUGCCAAUUAACAUGUUUCUACUGCCCGACUAUGAAGAACAUGCAACUGGUUCAAAACCGGCAUCAAUAUGGAAACUAUUCAAAAUCCCAUCGAUUAUAAUAACUGGACUAGUGAUAGUAAUCAUGUCGAAUACUUGGGCAUUCCUUGACCCUACAUUGGAACCUCAUUUGCGACAGUUUUCCUUAUCUACAAAGCAAAUUGGACUUAUUUUUCUAUUACUUUCGAGUUUGUAUGGCAUAUUCAGUCCUAUUUGGGGUUGGGUUGCUGAUCGCGUACAUAACCAUUGGUGCAUGAUGGUAUGGGGCCUCUUCUUAUCAUCUAUAGGACUACUUUUACUCGGCCCUUGUCCCUACAUACCUGGUCUACCACAAGAUCUAUGGCUAGAUCUAGUGGCAUUGUCUAUUUUGGGAAUGUCAGUUGCCUUGACAUUAUUACCGACGUUUCAAGGAGUAUUAACUAGUUCAAUUUACGAAGGUGGCUGCCCAGAAGCGAUCGCAACUUACAGCGCCGUGGCUGGAGUCUGGUCCUGCUGUUACUCCCUUGGCGAGGUCCUAGGUCCAGCUGUAGGUGGAGCUUUGGCUGAAAGAUAUGGCUUCCCGUUCUGUGCAACACUCUGUGCUGUUGCCUGUUUUGUUAUGGGCAUCAUUACCCUCGCGUUCUUCUCAUUGCGGGAGUCUUCAAAAUGGAUAGAUGACUCCAUAUCAGAUUCCAUACCAUACACAGAUUCUACAUGGAAUAGUAAUUUCUAUAGAACGCAGAGCGCUCCAGCAAGCCAAAUGGCCGAACAUACUCCACUCAUAAGCAAUGCUUGCACCGGAAAUGGUCCUCACAAAUAUGGAACUACAUCGCAAAAAAUUUGCCUGUUGCAUAAUAAAAGUAGAAAAAGUGGGUCAGCGAGCGUAGCCGAAAUGUUAGAAUAUGUACUCAAAUUUCAGUUCUUAACAAAUAUUUAUGUAAAAAUAUGGAAGUUUAAAAAUAGACGUAGCAACGGGACAGUGAAUGAAGAGCUGUAUCAAAACUAUUUAGAUGAAAACACAACAGAUAAUAAGAACGAUGAAUUCGUCAAUACUGAGAAUGGAGAUGACAGUUGUGACAAUAAAUAUUGUAACUUCAUAGAUAAGGCAAUCUUUGGGCCAACAGUAAAUAAUAACAAUGUAAUAGUAAAACCUAAUAACACUGGUAUUGUAACAAAGUCAAUUAAUAACGUCGAGAGACGAUCAACAAAUGAAAUCAUUAGGCAUAAUUUGCAAAAAGUACUUUUUUAUGAGCAAAACAGUCCAUGUACUUCCACAGAAGAUAUUUUCGAUGGUUGCGAGUGCAAAGACGAUAUAACCUAUGUGAGAGGUACCGUCACAGUUUCUUCAACAGGAGCCUGUGAAGUAUAA